AUGGUUAGGCCAGACGCGACGACUGCUAUACUGCCAGAGCCCAACCAGACAAUCAUUCAUCCAGAUCACCUAUCCUUCUCUGUCAAGCAAGAUGGUAGCACUUCAACAGCAUUUUUUGCCUUUGCAGUAAUCAAAGGUUUCGUUUGUCUGGUCCAAAUAACGACGCCUCGGAGCAUGGACUCGACGUCCGUGCUGCUCGACGUUUCUAUAUUUCGCCACGAAUUUGUUUCUAUGUGGCGGUACUCCCAUACAGUCCAACUCUAUCCCUCAGAGAUCGGGGCCUUCUUGGCCCUGAAUACACAUUCAGUCCGGUACGAGGAGGACAGCGGUACAAUAUUCCUCGCGAAAGACUUGAUGUGCCAUUUGAAGGGGUUCAUGGAUGCGAGCACCAAGUCCAAGGCAUCCCGCAGUCGUCCAGCUUCGGGAAGGUGGCGGAGCUAA